UUUUUAGGUAAUGUAAAGACCUCGCCAGUCCAAUACCUUUCUUGGCCCUUCCUCCGGCGCCUGUCAUCCCUCCUCCCAGGCUGACGUAUGUGAGGAUCCUCUCUGCCUACGCAUGUGGGCGACAAGCGGCCGCAAGUAUAAACAGCUAGCGGGACUCCCCAGUUCCACUCCCCUGAAGGCAAGACAUAUAGACUCUGUCUCCAGAGCUGAAGGUCAGCAGAGAUAGCAGCAAGCAGGCAAUCUCUCGCCGCGCAAGCUAACUCGCUUUCGGCUUUGGCUCGCGAUGGAGACCUGUUGGACUGUGAGGAGCUCCAGCAGAACAUCCCACAACUUCAAAAGUGGACUGUCGCUGUGGCUGAUCCUGUGGCUGGUGGUAGUGAAGCCCAGCAGUGUGGCGCCAUGCCCCAGGCUUUGUGUGUGUUACCCUACACCCAUGACGGUCAGCUGCCAGUCCCAGAACCUCACCAUCGUACCGGCCGGCGUGCCCUAUGACUCGCAACGUGUGUUUCUGCAAAACAAUCGCAUCACGGAGCUCCGUGCUGACUCCUUUGGCUUUGAGACGCAGGUGCUUUGGCUUUAUGGUAAUAACAUCACAUGGAUUGAGGCCGGGGCCUUCAGUAACCUCAGGGUUCUGGAGGAGCUGGACCUGGGUGAUAACCCCUCACUUCGGCGCCUUGAAGGUGGAGCAUUCAGGGGUUUGGAGAAGCUGCAGAGCUUGCACAUGCACCGUUGCAAGUUGGCUGUGUUACCCCAUGACCUCUUCCACAAGCUGUACAGUUUGCAGUUUCUCUACUUGCAGGACAAUCAACUCCACAUUUUGCAGGAUGACCUGUUCUCAGAUCUGGUCAACCUCACCCAUCUGUUCCUCCACGGGAACCGUAUCCGUGCCCUGUCUGAGAAUGUGUUUCGAGGCUUGGUCAAUCUGGACCGACUGCUCCUCCACGACAAUCGAAUCAGGCAGGUGAACCGUCGCGCUUUCCGCGAUCUCGGCCGCCUGACUAUUCUUUACCUGUUCAACAACUCGCUGGCUGAGCUGCCAGGACAGGCCAUGAAAGACACCCAGGGCAUUCAGUUCCUCCGCCUCAAUGGCAACCCCUGGUCCUGUGGUUGCGAGGCCCGUCCCCUGUGGGAGUGGUUCCGUAAGGCUCGUAUCUCCUCCUCUGAGCUGCUAUGCUUGUCGCCAUCCCAGCGUCGCGGGCAGGACCUCAGAUUCCUCCGGGAGCUGGACUUUGCCCUUUGCCCCAUGCCUGACCCUGGUUCUCUGGCUGGUACCACCACGACCACCUUCAGCACCAAGACCCGCUGGUGGUUCUCUAAGCAUAAGCCCGCCUCUUCCUCCAAAGCCUUGUACCAGAAGAACACAGAGACAGUGAAGGCAUUCCCUUUUACAGGAGGAAAGUCGCAGUAUCUUCCCAAAACCCCAUUCGAAUCUCCAAAGUAUGAACUAUCAGAAGCCGAGGUGGCGCUCCCAAAGCUCGACGCAGAAGAGUACUGGGCCAACUAUGGCAAUGAAGAUGCCUCCAUCCGCUGCUUUGAGGCCGAGUGCCCCCCAGGCUAUGAAAAUCCAGAGUUUGCAUCCUCAUUCUCUUCUUUAACCACCAGCCCAGUCCUCCUCCACCCUCUCUACUUCUACAUAGUCACAUUCUUCCUCCAUUUCCUUUUUGGUUGAAGUCACCAUUCCUUCAACUUCCUUUUCUUCUCUGAUUCCUCCCUUCCGCUCCUUUCAACUCAAAACAAACACACGGGAUCUCGAUCCCUUUCAGUCACCACCUGGAGUUGCAGGUAGGUGACGGUACACAGAGGCGGAAGACAAGCAAAGCAGUCAGGAUCCGUUUCAAAAGCAGACUCGAGGUUGAGGUGAUGUAAAGGCUGGAAAGUCAGCAACUUCUGCUGAUUAGCACAGCCUCCAAAAUACCAACAUCAUUGAGACGCAGACAGGAGGUCGUGAAUGACAACAGUAGGUUGGUGAGCUUCUAGUUGUUUUGCUUAUACGGAAUAUGGAAGCAAGCUAUGCAGAUGUCAUCUACAGCAGGGGCGUCCAAAGUGCGGCCUGGGGGCCAGCUCGUUCUUUAUACAAUUAAACAAGAAAAAUACGAAAAGCAAUGGCAAAAAUGGGAAAAAAAAGAUGGUUGUUGUUGAUACUAAUAACACAAAGCUGAGAUGUUUCAUAUAUAACCUCUGAAAAAAAUAUCAAAGUGGCCCCCCCGACCUCGGUGAAAGAAGUUCGGACACCCCUGGUCUGCAGCUAUUUUCUAAAUAAACCUGUACCACUGCUAAUGUUACCAUCACUCAUGGAAAUCAUGUAGACAAUAAUAUAGGGACACCUGGAUAUUAUGUCAAAAUAGAGCACAUUUGUGAGGUCAGAUGUUGGCUCUGAGAGUGGGCCGGCUGGCUCAAGAUCUCGUUCAUCUCAAAGGUGUUUGAUGAGGUUGAGGUUAGGGGCUCUCGGGUUCUUCCCCACCAAACUCAUCCAAGCAUGCCUUUAUGGACUUGGCUUUGUGGAAGCUGCAUAAAAUUGUCAAAAAUGUCUCAGUAAGGUGGAGCUCUGACUUUCAGGUGGGUCAACGGGGAUCCAGCACAACCUCUGAUUGAUUGAUUCGGUGAUUUAAAGGUGGAUCUCGAAGCUUGUACUCAAUCAUGUAUUUCUUUUCAUACGGAGACGUCAUUGGGAUCUGUUAGAUGCUCACAGAAGAAAGGGGGUGGACGAGCGCUGGAUGAUUUGCAGCCAAGAGUGAUUCUUUUUCCUCUCAGAUUCCAAGCCUUGUGCGUGUGUGGUCGUAAAGAUGCCAUCCCGGCCGCCCACACUUGCACAUGCAACUUGCAACACACAUCACACAGUACAAAAAUCCAUCACACACACGCUUCUCUGGACUGAUGGAGUAUGCCAUAAGAGUAUGGCUAGCUGGAGUAUGCUUUCCCUUUUUUUCUUUUCGGUAUCCUUUAGCGAUCGACAUGAGGACAUGAAACUCAUGUGCCAAAAGCAACGAGGAGCAAAUAUGAAAACUCAUUAUUAACUUGUAUCUAUUACAUUUGUCUGUCUUGUUUCUUAUAGGAAAUUUUGAUACUUAGAAUUAUUAACUAUACAGUAAUAAUUCAUUAUUUAACUUCCCAUAGCAGAUUAAAAUUAGUGUAAUUUUAUUUUAUUAAUGUAAUGAGAUAAUUGGUUUAAUUUAGAAGAAGUUUCCAUGUUGCAGUUGUCUUUGAUUAGAGUGUAUUUUAAGUGUGUACACAUUGUUGUUAACCGCAAUGAUCACUGAAGCCAUCAAACACAUGUUGUCCAAUUCACACAUAAUGACACAUUUACGCUGUUGAAUUCUGGGGUUUUGUAUGGAUAAAUGGUAGAAUCAAUGCUUGGUUUUCUCUUAAAAAAAUA